CUAAAAACAACCCUCUGCCACGCCCAAGUGUCACUGUCAAAAUCGUAGGAUCUCUUCGGACACGGACAUCGGUGCGCACAUCCAUAUUUGAAACACCAUGCAAGCUCAAGCAAAUAAUGCUGGUGCCCCGGUGCUUAAAACAUCUGGAUGUGAGGAAAUCGAUGAAAUUCUUCAAGGAGAAGAGGUGCCUACUUUGGCUUACCUGACCACUCUGAGCAAGCCUCGACUUGUACAGCUGCUCAUGGCCAACGGCUUCAGGGUCGACCUCAAAUGGGACAAGAAUUACAUGGCCACAAUGUUCAGGGAGUUCCUGCUCCGCGCCGAGAGGUCAGUGCAGCCGUCAAUUCUGCACUGCAUGAGGUGCCACAUGGAAGAGGCAACCUACAUUUUCAAGAACUGCCGACAUCUCGGUGUCUGUGGAGGUUGCCGAGAAGUCAUAUUAGACAUGGAUAUGGCCCAUGUUGGGGAAGCCCGUCGAGCGUUUUGCCCCGUACCUGGGUGCCACUCAAAACACAUUAGCACCGAUAUCCAACCAGUGAGGCCUGUCCAUUGAGCAACCCCCCUUAGUUUUUUACAUCAACAAAUUUCAUUCAACAAAACUUAAAAUUUUUUUGCUUUGUGUCUCAAUGAGUAGUGCUUUAAAUCUAAGUUAACAGGACAAAUGAAAUAUUGAUAAGAUACAAAUAAAUGAUGCAUAAAUUAACUUGAUAUAUUUUAAAAAAAUAAAAAAAAACAUGUUUUUUAAUUCAACCUUUUUUUUG